GUGCUAUUCUGGGAAGUUAGUCUUCCCCCAGUGUAUAUGAUCGCUCAUCCACUCACUGACUCAUUUGUGCUGAAAGUUGCGAUCCAGACACCUGAAUCCUUCAGCCCUCAAAGGGCUGCUAUCAGGUGACCACCCUGAGGUCCUCUUACGCAGGGCCAGCCUCCUCCAGGACGCUCGGAUGCCUGCUCAGAGCCCGGUUUAUCAGGGCAUCUGCCAGCUCCUGCCAAGGGCCCUGGUUGUGUCCACCCUGGCCUAUGAGGGGAGCUGGAUCUUACCCAGAGCAAUACCUGGGCUUUGGUGGAGGGUAUUACAGCAGAGUAAGAGUUUAUGUCGGAGCUACAGAAUUCAGCACCAGGGCCAGCUCAACUCAGGCAGAAUUGUUAAAACAUCGUGAAGACAAGCCAAAGUGGGUGAUCACCCUUGGGAACGGAAAACGCAAAGGAAAUAUGAUUGAGCAGGUAAAGCAUCGUCUCCCUUCCUCUCCAGCUGAACCUUUCCAUGGAAAAGCAUAGGACAUAUUUGCAACUGUUUAGAAAGGCCUGCCUGGGCCUGUCUCCUGGAGUGAGCCUCUGCAUGUCAUCUUAGCUGUCCCAUCUAAGUGUCCCUCCAUGAGAGAGGUGCAGGUCACUUGCCUGACACAGCUCUUCCUCACCGGGAUUGUGAGAGCUGAGCCUCUUGGGAGGCCGAUGGCGCAGAGCCUGCAUAUGGGUUCCUCUGCCUGCUGCUGGAUCAAGUAACGCCGGUGCUGGCGGCCGACGGUUCCCACGGUUGGAAACCGAGCACCAUGUUCAGAAAGAUCCACUCUAUCCUCCACCACGGCCCACAGAGGAAGGCAGCGGCCGAAGGCCCCUACUACACUGGAGCCAGCCCUGCUGUCAGGCUGAUUCGCAGUACCUCCAUGUACGUGGUCGCGGACCACUUGGAGAGGCCCAGCGAGUCCUUAAAGAAGUACAGAAGCACGCACAGCAUGGACACCAGCCUGUACUACCUGCAGCAGGAGGACCGAGCCUGGAUGUACUCGCGCACCCAGGACUGCCUGCAGUACCUUCAGGAGCUGCUGGCCCUGCGCAAGAAAUAUCUCAGCAGCCUGGGUGACCUGAGACCCCAGCGCACGCCGGGCGCUGGCUCCACCUCUUCCAAGUCCUCCAAGGGAGCAGUACAAAAGACCCCAGAAGCCAGCAAAAACAAACACUUAAAGAAAGCCACCUCAAAGAAAUACUCCCAGUUCAGCACCGAUGUGGCUGAGGCCAUUGCCUUCUUUGACUCCAUCAUUGCAGAACUAGAGACAGAAAAACGGCCGAGAGCUGCCGAGGCCGACCAGCCUAAUGAAGAUGUGGACUUCGAUGUGGCUACCAGUUCACAGGAGCACAGCUUGCAUUCCAACUGGAUUCUGCGCGCACCACGCAGACAUUCCGAGGCCAUGGCUGCCCAUGCCACUGCGGAUAGCCGGUUUCGGAGAAGCACAGAGCACAGGGUCGCUGGCACCCAGAGGAGGCUUGAGAGACACCCCAUUUACCUGCCCAAGGCUGUGGAAGGGGCGUUCAACACCUUGAAAUUUAAGCCCAAAGCCCACAAAAAAGACUUGGGGAGCUCCAGACAGAUCCUUCGCAACUUCUCCAAAGAAGACAUGGAGUGGGAGGAAGAGUUCUUCACCCAAGAGUCCCCGGUGUCUCUGGAGGAGGAACACUACCAGACAGAGAAUCCCAAAGGGGAGUGGCUGGUUCGAGAAAGACUCUGGGAGCGGACAGUGCCCUGAUUGGUUUGUCUCAGCCUGGGUCUUGCUUUCAGGGCAGUGUGACAUGUUUGGUAGAGUUAAGAAUGAAAUUACAAAGCUGUAACACAACCAAACUCGUCAACAGGAUACCCGUGGGAGCUCAACUAGUGCCAAAUAGCUGCAUUUACCAGGGGAUGCCCCGGGGGGUCAGAGCCUGGGCUUCCCACAGGAGUGGCCACGAGAAAGCAGAGCCCGGCUCCUGGUGUUCCCAAACAGAGGCACAGGGGACUUGAAUGAGUGCCCCUGCCACCUGGCCUGGCCUGUCACACAUAGGAGAUUGUGCAGAUGGCUGCACGUCAUGUGUUCAGAACUGGAAGGAGCCAAUCUGGAGUUCUGGCCCAAAGUUUCCAAGCCUGUGUCCCAGAAGCCUAUUGGUGAAGUACUGAGGUCCCACCUUUCAUGAAAACACAGUCAAGAAAACACCUACUCUGUGCUAGGUCUUCUCAGGGUUUCCAGAAUCUUAGGCUGCUAGACUGAAAUGAGGCCACUAUCCUUUCGGUAGGGCAGAGAAAGGUUGCAUCAGGGCUUUCCUUAUGGUCACAUUGUUGACGCCAGCCGAAUUGUCCUGCCCCUCCAUAAAGACAGCUGGCUCAAGGUAGUGUAGGUAGGUGGGUGUUUUCUAAUGUUCCCUUCUAAUUCUUACACACAUAAAGCUGUAUCCAUGCCAUCUGCUCACCAGAGGCUCUGUGUCUCCCAGGUACAGGUAGCUGAAGCACGAUGCGCUUUCUGUCUAGGAAGAAUUUUGUGGUUCAGCCAUUGGCUAACUCACUGCUCCACUUCCAGUGUGGGCUUUGUAUACAGUCCAGUAUACAGUCUUCAUUUGGCCAUAGAGUUACACCAAUUAAGGUUAAGAGCCACUGGUCAGAGAAGACACUCCACUUUGACCUUCCUGCUUUUUCUCUCAUCUGAUACUAAGCAAGCAUCUUGGUCACUACUCCAUUGCUGUGAUAAGACACCACGGUCAAAGGCGGCUUACAGAAGAAAGGGUUUAUUUGGACCUCACAUUUCCAUAGGCUGAGCCCGCCAUGGAGGGGAGCAAUGGCUGGAGCAGAAGCUGAGAGCUCACAAACUGAGGAGAGAGAGAGAGAGAGAGAGAGAGAGAGAGAGAGAGAGAGAGAGAGAGAGAGAACAAGUGCACAAACUAACUGGGAAUAGUUUCUGCUUUGGAAAUCUCAAAGUCAUCCCAGUAAUACACCUCCUCCAACAAGGCCACACCUCCCAAUCCUUCCCAAACAGUUCCAGCAACUGGGGCCCAAUAUUAAAGUAUUUGAUUCUAUGGGGCCAUACUCAAUCAAACCACCAUACCUAGCCUAUAUGAUUCUAUGGGGCCAUACUCAAUCAAACCACCAUACCUAGCCUAUACCCACUCAGCUUCUGAGAGAGCUGAGAUUAGGUGUGCUGGCAGGGAGGGCAACUGACCUUUCCCACUGAAUCCUGGCAUCUUCUUAUACAACAGUGACUUUUCAGGGGGCAUCUCCAUAAGUGUGAGCCUGCCUUGGAUAGGGGAGCGGAUGUAGAAAGAGAAGCACCAUCUAAAUCAAGCCAAGGACACUCUAGUCUCAGUGACCAUGACAAUUGCAUAACGUCCUAUGCGCUAUUUGUUUUUUUAAAAAAAUCAAAUAGUAAUAAUAAAAAACCUUUAUUUAUGCUAUCUUUCGUGUCUGAAGCUGAGAAUUUUUAACUCUGAAGAAAAGUGACAGCACCUGUGUAGCAGCCCUAAGAACGUCAAGCCAACACGUUUCCCAGGUGAACACACACCCACCCUUUCUGUGUCCUCUGCAUUGUUUUCCAAGUGCCAAUGUCAAUGUCUGGGAGGUUUCUUUCCUUUGUUGCUUGACCAAAAAAGCCACAUCCGGAGAGCUUUAAUGCUGUGGUCCAUCUGCACAGACGUUUUCCCCCUGAAUGUGGCUUUCUUUAAGGUCUGUGUUUGAAAGCUCUUUGCUGUGGACAAACUCGGGGGAUGGAGAGCUUUACUAAGCAACCGUUUAGAGUAGGCCACCCUACUGUGUAAGCCUGGUGUUUAAGACACGACAAGGGCGCAGGAUGGGGAGGAGCUCAGAGCCCAGCACACUUUCUUCUUCUCUGGGGUUUCUUCUCUUUAGGACAUGGAGCUCUAUACCAGUCUACUUUGCUUGGGGUUUUAAAUGCUUUUGUCUUUAGUAAGAUGGCCUUCUUGCAAAGUUCUAAGAGUUGAACUCAUGUCUUAUGGUGCAACUUUUCUUUGAAGUUCGUGGUAAAUCCCAGGAUCUGGGCUAUGACUCAUGAAUCUUGUAAAUACAAGGGUUUAAGAUAAGUCAAAUUGGAAACAAUAAAAGGCAAUUUGGGAAAAUCAA